GUUGCCUGUCGGACUGUUUUGUUAGGUGCGCUACGACAUGGCGUUACACUGUGGGAAAACAUGCCGGCAAUAUUUAUUACAUUUAGCUCACGACAAUGUCGACUUCAGACUGGCGGAGAUCAGAUCAUUGCUGUCUCUUGUGGGUCGGCAGUGUGGUCCAACAGAAACCUUCAAUGAAAGGUCACCCUUUUGGCGCCUGCAUGGCCUAUCAGAGGAUGACGUGAAGAGUGUUAUGGCAAGAACAGUUUGUGCCAAGUCUGCAUUUGAGCUUUGGGGUUAUGGAAGAACUGUCUCAGAGCUGAAGUCGUCAGUACUGGAAUAUCCCAAAGAGCGCAUGAUGCCUUUUCUACAACAAGAAUCAACAUACAAGAUCAAUGUCUACACUUUCAACAAGACUUUAGUGUUCAAAGACAGAAUAGAGAAGAUAGAUGCCUUGGACUUUCUCCCUUUUCAAGGUAAAGUCAAUCUGAAGGAUCCUGAUCACACUUUCUGUUUAUUAGAAGACUAUGGACUGGAUCCUAAUAACAUUCCUGACGAGCCUUUCUACAUGUAUUUUGGAAGAUUUAUUGCAGAUGGGCAGAGGGAACUAAUCCGCUCUCACAGCGUGAAGAAGAGGCACUUCAUUGGGAACACCAGCAUGGACGCAGGCCUUUCUUUUAUAAUGGCAAACCAUGGCAAAGUUAAAGCUCAUGAUUUGGUGUAUGAUCCUUUUGUUGGAACAGGUAGUCUUCUUGUUGCAUGCUCACACUUUGGAGCUUAUGUGUGUGGGACAGACAUCGAUUAUAACACUAUACAUGGAGUAGGGAAAGCCAGCAGGAAGAAUCAGAAAUGGAGAGGUCCGGAUGAGAAUAUCCGAGCGAACCUGCGACAGUACGGGACCGAGUGCUUUUAUGUGGAUGUCAUGGUGUCCGACGCAUCGAAACCUGUAUGGAGGAAAGGGGCCUUGUUCGACGCCAUUAUUACAGACCCUCCUUAUGGAAUUCGUGAAUCAACAAGGAAGACAGGUUCUCACAAAGAGAUCACGACUCCUCCUGAGAGCUUUGCUGGCGAGAAUCAUGUCCCAGUUUCCAUGGAAUACCAUCUCAGUGACAUCUUUGCUGACCUCCUGAAUUUUGCAGCUCAUCACUUGGUCAUGGGUGGACGCCUGGUUUACUGGCUUCCGGUUUAUAGACCAGAGUACUGUGAAGAGAUGGUGCCGUUACACCCCUGCCUCACACUCAUCAGCAACUGUGAGCAGACUCUGUCCAGCCACACUUCCCGAAGACUCAUCACUAUGGAGAAGACCAAGGAACCAGAGAAGGCAGAUGUGCUAGCACAGUUAGCAGACCCACGCUUCAACCCGUACCAAGGCCAUAACUCCUUCAGGGAGAAAUACUUCAGUGGCAUCACCAAAAAGAACGGAAAAGGCAGCGGAAAAGAACCGCAUCGAACAAAGGAGAACGAUGGAUGAAAUUUACGUUUUUAAAUGAGCGCAUUUAUACAAUGUAUUACUUUUAAUACAAUUCUUUGUAAUUUCAUUUUCUCACUUCUUUUAAAACUUGCAUUACCUCAGAAUGUGAUUUCAAUUAAAAAAAGCAUGCUUCUUGUCCG